GGCAUGUCGCUAUGGCAACAGGUGGCUAGUUGUUGCCAAAGAGAAACAGAUUUUGAGAGUUGUGCGUUUAGAGCGUUUUAAAAAGUUUUAUUCUCGCCAAAAUGAUUCCUCCAAACGCAUCGCUUGUCAAAUACGAUAACCCGGCGUUAGUGAGCAGAAAUACUGAUAAAAAAUCACCGCGGUCCCGGCCAUUGAAAGUUAGCCAGAAACAAGAUGUGAAUGGAAGCAGUCCUAUACCACCUCCUCCCAAGACAACAAAAAUAACAGCUAAUGAUGUUCAAAGCAAGAAUCAGCAAACAGAGGAGAUCCUCAAUUCCAUUUUACCACCAAGAGAAUGGACAGAAAAUGGCCAGCUGUGGGUUCAACAAGUAUCAAGCACACCUGCAACAAGACUUGAUGUUGUGAAUUUACAGGAACAAUUGGACAUGCGCCUUCAGCAAAGACAAGCAAGGGAGACUGGUAUUUGUCCUGUGAGAAGAGAACUGUACUCUCAAUGCUUUGAUGAACUAAUUCGUCAGGUCACAAUUAACUGCGCUGAGCGAGGAUUACUUCUCCUAAGAGUACGAGAUGAAAUACGAAUGACAAUUGCAGCUUAUCAAACCCUUUAUGAAAGCAGUGUUGCUUUUGGCAUGCGAAAGGCUUUACAGGCAGAACAAGGGAAGGCUGAUAUGGAACAGAAGAUUGAAGAGCUGGACAACGACAAGAAAGAGUUGGAAAGGCAAGUGAACGAGCUGAAAGCGAAGUGCGAUGCGAUUGAAAAGCGCGAAGCUGAACGUCGUACCAUUGAAGAAAAGAAACACGCUGAGGAAAUUCAGUUCCUGAAACGGACUAAUCAGCAGUUGAAGACCCAACUUGAAGGAAUCAUUGCGCCAACCAAGAAAUAGAACAUCAUUUUGGAAAAAAAGACUUGAACAUUGUAAGAAAUGUAUGAUAUAAUGGUUCAAACCUAAAAUUUGUUUACUUUCGGAUAUCAUUCGUUGUUCAUGUAUUAUAUUAACAUAAUCGU